AUGACAUUGUUAGCCUCGCUACCAUCCAACUUGUGGGUCCAGGCUCUCGCCACCCUUGGCUUGCUGCUCAUUACGAAGCUUGUCUGGGAUAUUUUCUUGUCGCCUUUGAGGGCCAUUCCGGGACCGCUCCUGGCCAAGAGUACCAAUUUCUGGCGUGCCUAUCAUACUCACCAUGGCCAUGUUGAUCUCAAGCAUGUAGAGCUGCACCGCACGUAUGGAACUGCUGUUCGAAUUGGCCCCAAUUGCGUGAGCAUUUCGGAUCCCAGUUUAAUCCGCACCAUUUACUCCACGCGCAACCCAUGGAAGAAGAGUGAAAUGUACCGGCCGAAUGAUGUCCUGAUCGAGGGUCACCGCAUGUCCAACCUGUUCAACUCGCAAGAUGAGGACUGGCACAAUCAGAACAUCCGGCCCAUUCGUGGUCUGUGGAGCAUGACCAAGGUCCUUGAAUACGAGCCCCUUAUCGAUGAGACCCUGAACAAAUUUGUGGAUAAGCUUGCAGCCAAAUUUGUGGAUGGCGCGAAUGCAGGCACGGUAUGCCCCGCAGAUGAGUGGAUUGGAUUCUUUGCCUGGGAUGUCACCGCAAACUUCAGCUUCGGGCGUCACUAUGGCUUCAUUGACCAGGAAAAGGAUGUUGACAAUCUGAUAACCGACUCCACCGAUGGCCUGAAGUAUUUCGCACCUGUCUCUCAAGUCCCAUGGAUCGACAAUUUCCUCGACAAGAACCCAAUCAAGCGAAUCGGCCCCAAGCCAACCCUCACCGGAGUCCUCUACGCCUUCAAAGUCGUCGCCGAAUACCAAGCCCAACUCGCCUCGAAGAAGAUUACCGCCGGCACCGUCGACCACACUCUGGACAAAUAUGUUCAACUCAAGAAAACAUACCCAGACAUGGUCAACGACCAGCAAAUCGUAAACUGGCUGAUGCUGAGCAUCCUGGCCGGCGGCGACACGAGUUCCGCAACAAUGCGCGCCGUCGUCUACUACCUCGCCAAGUCACCUUCCGCAUCUGCGAAACUCGUGGCCGAGCUCAAAAAGGCCGGUCUCCCCACCCCUGCUCCAUGGAAGUCAAUCAGAGACCUACCUUACCUGGACGCUGUCAUCCGCGAGGCAAUGCGGGUUAACCCCGGUAUCGCCAUGAUAUUUGAACGCGUCGUCCCAGAGGGCGGGUUCACCCUGCCAGACGGGCGGUAUAUCCCUGCUGGUACCAAGAUGGGUAUCAAUCCAGCAGUGACGAACCGCGACUAUGGAGUCUUCGGUGACGAUGCGGACAACUUCAACCCAGACCGCUGGUUCCAGCGCAAGAAUGAGAGCGCAGAGCAAUUCGAGUCUCGCUUGAGACGCAUGAAGGAUACGGUCGACUUCGUCUUCGGUGGCGGUGGCCGCGUCUGCAUGGGUCGAUACCUGGCCGAGCUGGAGAUCAAGAAGUUGAUUGCUACUUUGUAUAACCAGUUCGAUGUUCAACUGGUGGACUCGAAGCACGAGUGGACGUAUCGGAAUGCCUGGUUCGUGUACCAGUAUGACAUGCCGAUGACUAUCCGGCGUCGAUAG